GCGAGCUGGAGCUGUGGCUCUGGUGCUGGGCACCGACGCGGUCCUGGCGGAUCCCGCGUCCGAGUCGGGAGCAGGACUUUUCGGCUAGAUCAACGCAACUGCGGCAACGCCGCAAGUCCUGGUGCAGCCUCGAGACUUGGUGCAGCCACGGCGGCCGGAUUUCGCCGCCGCUGCCGCCUCCGCGCAGCCCUGCAGCUCUUGCUGGCUCUGGGAGAGCGACUCUGAGAGUUUCUCCCGCAGAAAGACCCGGGACGCGCGGCUGGAAGCGGCCCAGCCACUGACCAUACAUACGCGGGCACCCGGAUUGGAGGCAGGGGGCCCGCGCGGUCCUGGGCUAGGCUCAGGCUCCUGAGCCGCAGGUGGAAGGACGCCCCGGGGGAGCAGCGGAGAGGUGGCCAAGUGAAAGGUACUUUUGGACACCCUGAGCAUGGAGAUUUAGUGUUUGUCUUUGGUAACUGUUUCAUUCCCUGCAUCCUGAACCUUCCCUCCUUCUGUGCCAGUAAGGUCUGUUGGGCUUUCUCCCUAGCCAGAGAGGAGUUCUGCGGUGGUGAGGCCUUCCUGGGCCACUGACCCUGGCCGGCAUGGGGAGCACGCUGGGCUGCCACCGCUCCAUACCGCGGGACCCCUCAGACCUGUCCCACAACCGCAAGUUCAGCGCAGCCUGCAACUUCAGCAACAUUCUGGUGAAUCAGGAGCGACUGAACAUCAACACGGCCACAGAGGAGGAGCUGAUGACCCUGCCUGGUGUGACCCGUGCGGUGGCCCGCAGCAUUGUGGAGUACCGCGAGUACAUCGGUGGCUUCAAAAAGGUGGAGGACCUGGCGCUGGUCAGCGGCGUGGGUGCCACCAAGCUGGAGCAGGUCAAGUUCGAGAUCUGCGUGAGCAGCAAGGGCAGCUCGGCACAGCAUUCUCCCAGCUCCCUGCGGCGGGACCUGCUGGCAGAGCAGCAGCCUCACCACCUGGCCACUGCCGUGCCCCUCACCCCACGGGUCAACAUCAACACGGCCACCCCGGCUCAGCUCAUGAGCAUACGGGGCCUCACGGAGAAGAUGGCAGUCAGCAUCGUGGACUAUCGCCGUGAGCAUGGGCCUUUCCGUAGCGUUGAGGACCUGGUGAGGAUGGGCGGUAUCAAUGCUGCCUUCCUCGACAGGAUCCGACACCAGGUGUUUGCGGAGCGGUCCCGGCCCCCGUCCACCCACACCAAUGGAGGCCUGACCUUCACCGCCAAGCCUCACCCCAGCCCUACCUCGCUGAGCCUGCAGAGUGAGGACCUGGACCUGCCACCUGGGGGGCCCACCCAGAUCAUCUCCACGCGCCCUUCCGUGGAGGCCUUUGGAGGCACAAGGGAUGGGCGGCCAGUGCUGAGGCUGGCCACUUGGAACCUGCAGGGCUGCUCAGUGGAGAAGGCCAACAACCCUGGAGUGCGAGAAGUGGUGUGCAUGACCCUCCUGGAAAACAGCAUCAAGCUUCUAGCUGUGCAGGAACUACUUGACAGAGAGGCUCUGGAAAAGUUCUGUGCGGAGUUAAACCAGCCUAUCCUGCCCAACAUCCGCAAGUGGAAGGGGCCCCGGGGAUGCUGGAAGGCCGUUGUUGCUGAGAUGCCCUCCACUCAGCUCCAGAAGGGGGCCGGGUUCUCUGGAUUCCUGUGGGAUACCACGGCCGGUGUGGAGUUGAGAGACGCCAGCUCGCAGGAAAAUUCGCCUGGUAAUGGGCAUGGGAAGCCGCUGGGGCCCAGCCCGUACCUUGCACGGUUCAAGGUGGGAAGUAACGACUUGACCCUUGUGAACCUUCACCUGGCAGCCUUGAUCCUGCCGGGGAGUGAGAAUCCGAGCAGGAAUCACAGUGACAGCCACCGCUUGGCCAGCUUUGUGCAGACCUUGCAGGAAACCCUGAAAGGAGAAAAAGACAUGAUUGUUUUAGGGGACUUCGGCCAGGGUCCUGAGAGCAGUGACUGUGAUAUCUUGAGGAAAGAAAAAUUCUACCACCUAGUCCCUGCCCACACCUUCACCAACAUCAGCACCAAGAAUCCCCAAGGCUCGAAGUCUCUAGACAACAUCUGGAUCAGUAAAAGCUUAAAGAAGGUCUUCACAGGUCACUGGGCCGUAGUGAGAGAAGGCCUCACGAACCCUUGGAUUCCCGAUAACUGGUCCUGGGGCGGAGUGGCUUCUGAGCACUGCCCCGUGCUCGCUGAGUUUUAUGCUGAAAAGGAUUGGAACAAGAGGGAAGGCCCUCGGAACGGCAACGGGGUCACCUUGGAGCGAAGUGAAGCCAACGUUAAGCAUGAGCGAUGACGGCACCCAGAGGUCUCCCCACCUCUGAGUCUGGAGGGCCUCAGGCAGGGGAAUCCACCCUUCCAGGUGAAGACGCGGAGCCAGCACUGUGUCAUGGUCUUGGGCCUGACAACACUAGCCCCUGGACCUUGACCUGCCUGCCUUCUCUGUGGACGUUCUUGGACCUCUCAUGGGGGAGGUCCCAUCAGAAGCACAGUGGGGGACCGAGAUGUCUUGUAAUCUGGGGCUGUCGUCCAUUCCUGUAGACGCAGGCCGGUCGGCCACCACCCCUGGGUGGCGGCGUGCACAGAACCGUGACGGGGCUGAUGGGGCUGGAGAGGGUGGUCUCAGCCUGCUAGGCCGGGUCUGAGCCGUGCCAGAAGCACUCGUCUCUGACGACUAACUGGUCCAUGACGCUCUGGCUGCAGACUGUAUAAAGCUUUUAACUGUGACUGAGCUGAGCACUCUUCUCAGAUAUUUUGAGUGGUGAUUUUUAGUUUUGUUUUGAAAAAAUAAACAGAGAUGAACGUU